CCAGCCCGAGAGGGGACAGAGCUGGAGGAUCUGGGUGUGAGGUGCCCUGGGCCAGUGGGGAGGCCUUGUCUGGAGGGAACGGGUCUGAUCACAAUCGUAAGGCGCUAAGGGGACAGCCCUGGGUCUGGAGAGAAUCCCUGGACCCUGAGACCCGCCUUCCCCGGCCCAGCCCCUCCCAGUUCCCCCAGCGACGACGGCCGCUUCCUGGUCCCCGACGCAACCAUGGCCGAAGAACAGCCUCAGGUCGAAUUGUUCGUGAAGGCUGGCAGUGAUGGGGCCAAGAUCGGGAACUGCCCCUUCUCCCAGAGGCUCUUCAUGGUACUGUGGCUCAAAGGAGUCACCUUCAACGUCACUACGGUUGACACCAAAAGGCGGACAGAGACGGUGCAGAAGCUGUGUCCAGGAGGGCAGCUCCCAUUCCUGCUGUAUGGCACUGAAGUACACACAGACACCAACAAGAUUGAGGAAUUUCUAGAGGCAGUGCUGUGCCCUCCCAGGUACCCAAAGCUGGCAGCUCUGAACCCUGAGUCCAACACAGCUGGGUUGGACAUAUUUGCCAAAUUUUCUGCCUACAUCAAGAAUUCAAAUCCAGCACUCAAUGACAAUCUGGAGAAGGGACUCCUGAAAGCCCUGAAGAUCUUAGACAAUUACCUGACAUCCCCCCUCCCAGAAGAAGUGGAUGAGACCAGUGCAGAAGAUGAAGGUAUCUCUCAAAGAAAAUUUCUGGAUGGCAAUGAGCUCACCCUGGCUGACUGCAACCUGUUGCCAAAGCUCCACAUAGUACAGGUGGUAUGUAAGAAGUACAGGGGAUUCACCAUCCCUGAGGCUUUUCGAGGAGUACAUCGGUACUUGAGCAAUGCCUAUGCUCGGGAAGAAUUUGCCUCCACUUGUCCAGAUGACGAAGAGAUAGAAUUGGCCUAUGAGCAAGUGGCCAAGGCCCUCAAAUAAGUUCCUCCUAGGGCAAUAUCAUCCCUUAUGCUCUGCAGAGAGCCCCGGGGUAAUUUCCACAUUGCUAUCCAAAUGGACACACUCCAAAACUUGUAGUAGGCAAAGAAACCUGGGGCACUUGUGCAGAGGUAGGGGAAUAGGGGUUAGGAGAAAAAGGGGAUAAGGGUAAGAUUUUUAUUGUGGGGUGGGGUGGGUAAGACAAUGUAUUUCAGUAAUAAAAUGCAGAAUGAAA